CCGUCGCCCCCGGGGUCGCGGGCAGGGCCGCCGGGUGUUGUGGUUGGUCGCGUCCCGCCCCCGCCCGUGGGCCCGCCCGUCCGCCCCGCUCCUCGGCCGGGCUGCGCUCUGGGUCCCGGACUGGGUGUUCUCGGGCAGUUAGUCCACCGGAGACCUGACGGUUUCUCUGUCGUACGUUGUCCUUGACCGGGCAGCGUGCAGCGAUUUGUUUGUCUCUUCGUUCGCGUGUGUUCCUAUAUCCCAGACCGCUGUUGCUUAAGCAGAAUCAGAUGUAAGACCAUGAAUUAUGGAAUUUUUUAAGUGAAGCACUCAGGAGUGAAAUGAGAGAAUGUCACAUAGAAAAUAAAUGAUUUUUAAGUUAUGUCUAUUAAUUUGACUUUAGAUAUAUAUAUUUACCUCCUCAGUAAUGCAAGAAGUCUUUGUGGGAAUCAGAAAAGCAAACAGCUGCGUUUUGUGUGUUCCAAACAUUACUGGCGAACGCCCCAUAUCAAUGUGCACAGAGAUUUUCACACAAGUAAGAAAAACUGUAGGUGGAACAAAGGUGAAGCGUGUUGCAGUAAGCACUGGCCCUCUCCAAGCAACCAUGGCUUACAUAUUGGAAUUUUGAAACUUAGCACUUCUGCUCCCAAAGGACUUACAAAAGUGAGCAUUCAUAUGUCCCGUAUUAAAAGUACUUUGAAUUCUGUUUCAAAGGCUAUUUUUGGCAGUCAAAAUGAAAUGGUUUCACGGUUAGCUCAGUUUAAGCCAAAUUCUCGAAUAUUAAGAAAAGUAUCAGAUAGGGGCUGGUUAGAACAAAAAAAUGUUAAACAAACCAUUGAGUCUCUGAAAAACUAUAGUGAUAAAUCAGCAGAAAAGAAUUCUUUUGUGGAACAGAAAAGUUACAUUGCAGAUAAAGAAGACGAUGCAGGUAAACGGAGCCUUUUCCAUUACACGUACACCAUAACCACCAGAUUUGGAGAGUCAUUCUACUUUUUAGCGAACCAUAUUAAUUCAUACUUCAGUCGCAAGGAAAAAAUGUCUCAAACAAAGGAAGUUAAACGUCUUCAGGACAAACCAGACCUUGAAGAAGAGAAAUCCAGUUCUCCUGAACCCGACAUCGUGACAGACAGGCCAGACUCAGGAUCUUCCCUAGAUGCUGGGGACAAACCUUCCAGCCCUAGCCAGACACCAGAGGUUCUUCCGGUGUCUGCAAAGCAAAGUAUUGCUAACUUCCUUUCUCGUCCCACUGAGGGCGUACAAGCCUUAGUCGGUGGUUACAUUGGUGGACUUGUACCCAAAUUAAAGUCUGACUCAAAGAGUCAGCCAGAAGGACAGGAAGAGCCUGUUAAAACUGAGCAAGCUGUCAGCAAAGACAAGAAGGCAGAGGAGAAAAAACGUGUGUCUCUUCAGCGAGAAAAGAUUAUUGCAAGAGUGAGUAUUGAUAACAGAACUCGAGCCUUAGUUCAGGCCUUAAGAAGAACAACAGACCCAAAGCUCUGUAUUACCAGGGUUGAAGAAUUGACUUUUCAUCUUCUAGAAUUUCCUGAAGGAAAAGGAGUGGCUGUCAAGGAAAAAAUUAUUCCAUAUUUAUUACGACUUAGACAAAUUAAAGAUGAGACUCUUCAGGCUGCAGUUAGAGAAAUUUUGGCCUUAAUUGGUUAUGUGGAUCCAGUGAAAGGCAGAGGAAUCCGAAUCCUCACAAUUGAUGGUGGAGGAACAAGAGGUGUGGUUGCUCUUCAGACUCUGAGGAAAUUGGUUGAACUUACUCAGAAGCCAAUUCAUCAGCUCUUUGAUUACAUCUGUGGUGUAAGCACAGGGGCCAUAUUAGCGUUCAUGCUGGGAUUGUUCCACAUGCCGCUGGAUGAAUGUGAGGAACUCUAUCGAAAGUUGGGAUCGGAUGUGUUCUCACAGAACGUCAUUGUCGGGACAGUCAAAAUGAGUUGGAGCCAUGCAUUUUAUGACAGUCACACGUGGGAAAAGAUCCUUAAGGAUAGAAUGGGAUCUGCACUAAUGAUUGAAACAGCGAGAGACCCAUCAUGUCCUAAGGUAGCUGCUGUAAGUACCAUAGUAAACAGAGGCCUGACACCAAAGGCUUUUGUGUUCAGAAACUACGGUCAUUUUCCUGGCACCAACUCUCACUAUUUAGGAGGCUGUCAGUAUAAAAUGUGGCAAGCCAUUAGAGCCUCAUCAGCUGCUCCAGGCUACUUUGCAGAAUAUGCGCUGGGGAAUGAUCUGCAUCAAGAUGGAGGUUUGCUUCUGAAUAACCCUUCAGCCCUGGCCAUGCAUGAGUGUAAAUGUAUCUGGCCUGAUGCACCCUUAGAGUGUAUAGUGUCCCUGGGCACAGGACGGUUUGAGAGUGACGUGAGGAAUACUGCCACCUACACAAGCCUGAAGACAAAGCUCUCAAAUGUCAUCAACAGUGCCACGGAUACAGAGGAAGUCCAUAUAAUGCUGGACGGUCUAUUACCUCCUGACACAUAUUUUAGAUUCAAUCCUGUCAUGUGUGAAAACAUACCCCUAGAUGAAAGUCGAAAUGAAAAGCUGGAUCAGCUGCAGCUGGAAGGGAUGAAGUAUAUAGAAAGAAAUGAACAAAAGAUGAAAAAAGUUGCAAAAAUAUUAAGUCAAGAAAAAACAACUCUUCAAAAGAUCAAUGAUUGGAUAAAAUUAAAAACUGACAUGUAUGAAGGCCUUCCAUUUUUUUCAAAAUUGUGAAGAGGGUAUGCAUGUGUUCUCAUAAGUGAAGACCGUGAGGAGAUCCACCAGAGUGAGUGAGGGACUGCUCCAAUGUGAGUUUCUGUGGGAUACUGAAUGGAUUCUGGGAAAUCAGUUCUGAGACAGGUGAUGUUCUGAACAGCUCACACCUCAUGGAAGAUAUGUUUGGUUACAGACAUCGUAUGGGAAUUAAGUAUUGAAGAUGUUCAUAACCUUUAGGCAUUUUAUUACUGUGCUAGUUGGUUUUAGUAUCUAUUGGUCUUAAAUUGUUUGAUGUUGAAAAUUUAUUAAUAUAUGUGCCAAACAAGAAAUGGGAGCGUUGUACUCUGUGCUUUGCUUUCGGUCAUCUCAAUCAUGUGGGGUUUGUGUGACCAUUGAUUUCCUUUAUAUUUACACCACUCAGCAUUCACUGGGCGCACCUGCAGUCCACGUGCUGCCUUUCACUGCAGUAGCAUUUAAGGAGAUGCAGAGAGUUAGAGGACCUGUAUGUUUGAAAUAGGAAAGCACUGGAUGCAGUUUCCUAUGUAAAGAGGUUGGUGAAUUUCCAGUGAGCAAACUUCCUCUUGAAGUUUGAAGAUAACGGUCACUUUUCUAAAUCGAAUGCUGUCUUCUCAUUCACUGUUACAGAAUCAGUUGUUUGAUUUUACUGAGACAAUAUUCUUAUCAUUAACAAAAAUAAACUAUUAAAGUGAUCAUCUGUGAAAGGCUAAUGCCAUUUUAAAGUUUUUUAUUGCUCAUAAUGAUUGCCCAGUUUCUUGUAGCAUUUACAAAGAAAUGUUUGUUUAUUUAGAUUUACUUCAGUAAUCCCUGUUUGGGUUUUACUGAAGUCAGAACUUGGUUCUGUAGCCAAAUAAAUUCUUCUUUGCUGUAUUAUUUCCUUUGUAAAUCUUUACAUUGUGUUGAAAUUUCCCAUGAAAAAUGAAACCAAGGUGUGUACCCUUUGAAUUAUACACAUAAACUAACACUGACCCUGUU